UGCGGCGUUGUAGCCAGUACAGUACACUUGCAGAGAGAGAGAGAAAAUAAAGAUCAAACAUCAAUUAAUGUUAUAAGAUAUAACAUCAUUAGUGUUCUAAAAAUUGUCAUCUAAUUGGACAAAUGAAUGACUUCACUGUUCACUUUGUAAAAAAAAAAAAAAAACAAGAAGAAAAAAAAACCUAAUUGUUUCUCAUCUUAGAGAUAACUGUAGACAAAGACCCUGAACUGAUAAAUACAAACUGAAGUUCUUCUCACUCUGAAGUUGUUUGAACUCAGACGACACCAAAGAACUCCCACCAUGAGGGAUGGGUGGAUGAGUAACUGUAAGAUUUCCUACCUCCCUCCCUCUCUGCCUCCCACUCAUCUUCCCUUACUUCAGCUUCUCACAUCAAACUACACAGCAGUAAGGGCGAUCAUCAAGACUGGCUGAUACUCUCUCAUGAUUGCUGCACUGCUGCUUUGUAAGGCACAAUAGGCAUCAAUACAAAAAAGCAAGAUGGAAGACGAGGACUUCACAGUCGAUUAUGACUACAGUAAUAUGACGCCUGUGUCGCCCUGCGAUAAGAAUGAAGUUCACGAAUUUGCGGCCUCGUUCUUGCCCCGAUUCUACUAUGUGAUCUUCUCCCUCAGCCUACUGGGCAAUGGCCUGGUCCUGUUCGUCGUCAUCAAGUUUGAGCGCCUCAGGACGGUCACCAAUAUCUUCCUCCUCAACUUGGUAGGCUCCAACCUCAUCUUCACCUUCGGUCUGCCCUUCUGGGCCAAGUACCACCAGGACGAGUGGACCUUCGGCCUGACGCUGUGCAAGCUGGUCGGCACCGCCACCUACGUCAGCAUCUACAGCUCCGUGCUCUUCCUGACGCUGCUAACCAUCGACCGCUACCUGGCCGUGGUGCACGCCUUGGCCGUCAGCCAGCACCGGAAGAGCUGCUAUGCCGUGGUGGCGUCUGGGUGUGUCUGGCUGAUCUGUGGCCUGGCCGGGGUGGGUCCUCUGCUCCGCUACAACGUGAAGUGGCACUGGGAAGCUAAGACACUUUGCACUGAGGAGCGGGACCCUUCGUGGAAUGCCUUGGACACCUACCUUCACUUUGCCGCCUUCUUCCUCCUGCCACUGGUGGUGGUGGUGUACUGCUACGUGCGGAUCAUCGUCACCGUCUUGUCCACGCAGAUCAACAACAAGCACCGGACCCUGCGCAUCGUCUUCGUCAUCCUACUGCUCUUCUUCACCUGCUGGACGCCGUACAACAUCGUGCAGCUGGUGGACCUGCAGAUGAGUCUGGACUGCAACGACAGCAUCGACUACGCCAAGUACGUCACACACAACAUCGCCGUCCUCUACUUCUGCAUCAACCCUGUGUUCUACACAUUCCUGGGACGCAAGUUCCAGAACUAUGCCCGUACACUCAUUGUGGGCUACGCUCCGUGUUUGAAGAACCACCUCUCAGUGGCGGCAAACAGUCGGUCACUGUCUAACCGCAGUCCACCAAGUUUAUAGGACCAAUAAAAGUGUCAACAUACCUCUCUCCAUCUUCAUAGAGGGAAAGGUGAAAAUAAGCUGAGUAUGAAUUUCAAAUUGUGAAACUGCUCACUGUUUUACAGUCUGUAAAUGCCAGAGCACAGAAUAAUGUUCUAUGCAGAGAUCUGUCCUGUGCAUGUUACUUUACCACAGAAUGUACUGUUC